AUGGCGCGCCUCCUCGACCGCGGCAACCUCGUGGUCGUCUGCCCCGAGGGCACCACCUGCCGGGAGCCAUACCUGCUCCGGUUCAGCCCGCUGUUAGCCGAGCUCAGCGACGAUGUCGUCCCCGUCGGCAUCGCCGUCGAGACGUCCAUGUUCUACGCCACCACCGCCGGCGGGCUCAAGUGCUUCGACCCGCUCUACUACAUGGUGAACCCCAGGAUGUGCUCUGCGGCAACGACGGCAUCGUCCGAUCAACCAGCGACAAGUCGGCAUCGGCGGCCCCUCCGGGUGCCGCCACCGCCGCCGACACGGGGAGGAAGAACAAGAGUACAUAGAAGAACAACUGAUAAGUCAAACUUAUCGUUGAUUGAUUAG